AUGAGUACCCAUCCAGAACCAUCUGAUAGGCCCGUAAUAACAUCAUCAACUGAUUUGGCAAAUCUGGGAGUUCAGCUGAACGAAGUUCUCAACCGAUUUAAUGAGCUAAGCGUUGAAAUGAUGGCCCAACGGCGCGUGAUUGACCAAUUGGUCACAAGUGGUGCUAGCGGUGAGCAACAACAUGAGCCCUUACCCCCUGGCCAAUCUGAACCUCAACCAAUACUCUUACCUUAUACUCAAGCUCCUGUUACUUCACAUGUCAUAAAUCCACCUGAAGAGGCCUUUACCUAUCCCACUCAUGGCCCACCACUUACUUAUGCACCUAACAUCCAAAUUAACCCUUCUCAUGCCCAAAUUCCCCAGAAUUAUCCGCCAAUUGCUAUGACCAUACCAUUCGAACCUCAGGGACCCCAUUAUUACUCUGCCGCUGAGCCAUUUACCCUAGAUACCGCCGCCCAAGGAAAAGCUGAAGUUGGGGAAUCAUCCGCACCAGUGGAUAAGAACUUGCUAAAGAGAUUGGAUCGGUUUGAAGAGUUCAUAAAGAAAAACCAAGGUUUGAACAAGCAAGGAGGUUUGGACUACAACGAGCUGUGCCUGUUUUCGAAUAUGCAAUUGCCAGCGGGUUUCAAAGUACCCAAAUUUAGCAAGUACGAUGGAACGGGGAAUCCCAAGACUCACCUUCGGAUGUUUGCAAACAAGCUAGGGAAGCCGAUAGAUGAUGAGAAUCUACCUAUGCACUUAUUUUCCGAGAGUCUAGAAGGCGACGCGUUGGAUUGGUAUUCCAAUCUAAAGCCUGAGGAUAUGAGAUCUUGGAUGGAUUUGUCAACCACUUUUAUGAGGCAGUAUGAAUACAAUUGUGAGCUCGCUCCAGCGAGGACCACAUUGGAAGGGACUAAGAGGAAACCAUCGGAGGACCAUAAGACAUAUGCGAAGAGAUGGAGGAAAUUGGCCACCAAGGUAGAGCCUCCUAUGACUGAAAACGAGAUUGUUCGCACGUUCAUCAAAGCUCAUCAAAGCUCAAGCCCGAUAUAG